AAACGUUGAAAUCCAUGGCAGCUACGGAGGUUCUAGGUUGAUUGAAAUGGUACUCCUUACCACUACGGGUUGGCAUGCAAGGAUAACACUAUGUACGAUAAAGUAAAAUGCUAUGUCACUAAUGAAACCCUAAUAAAUAUGAUGUAGAACCAAAUUUGAUGCAGGAUAACCUACCAAUGCAAUUUAUUAUGAUUUUAGAGAUCCGCAAGUUUUCACAAGAAUAACUUAAAGUUUAAAUGUUGCUGAUUUUUACUUCGGUUAUUCGGAAUUAAGGAUUAAGAUUAUUUAAUUUAAGAAAUUAGAUUGCAAUCAAGUAGUACAGUUGUUCCGAUCCUAAAGUAAUUUGAUCGAAGAAUGCUGAGAAACGUCCAGUUGCUAGGGUGUGCUAAUUUAAUAUCUAGAUUUAAUGGAUAAUAGGACGGGUUCGGAAGUGAAAGGUUCAAUGUUCUGAAUUUUGAUGGUAAUAUAAGUUUUCGAAAAUAUGGCUAUCAUGCAAGAGAGCUAGAAUAUAAUUAGAUGAACAAGCCCAAGAAAAAUGGAAAUCUAUAACUUGUUCUAAAGUAGACGAUCAAUCGCUUGCUCGUGGACUGGGGCGACGAUCGGGGUACGGUUGCAGCUGAUGGACCCUUCAAUUAGCUUCAAUUGGCUUCAACUUAGAUCUGAUCACAGCAAUUUGGCGGGUCUGUGGAUGGGACUUUGAAGCAGUGGGCAGCCUAAAGGGCGCUGGGCUGCAAAUGGGUUGCUGCAGGUAGGCCUGUUGGGCCCUGUGGUGAGUGGCUUGGGCGAGGAUGUGGGCGCAGCCCGUGGACUGGGCGCGGGAGUGGGGCGCGGCUUGUUAGGCUGUAUUGACUCGUGAAUGAGGAAGAAAGGAGUGGAGAUGAAAGAGGGUUUCGAAUCCCUCUGGAUUUGGAGAGGGAGAGGAGUGAGAUAGAGGCACCGACAGUGAAGAGCGGUCAGCGGAGGAGAGAAGGGGAGAGGGGAGAAGGGGAGGGGGUGGCGGCGGCCCUAGUGGUGGUCGGACGGACUGCUCGGCGGCGGGGAGGCACAGAGGUGGAAGUGGCGGUGGCGGAGGAGCUGCGCUCGGGAUGCUUGGAAGGGGAAGCGGCACUCCGCGGUGGUGGCUCAGGCGAUGAGCGACGGCAGAGAUGGGCGGUGAUAGCUCGGAUGCCGGUGGGCGCAGGCGACGGAAAGAAGAGGAGGCUCGGAGGGCGGCGGGGACGGCUGGCGAUGCGGCAGCGCUGCUCGUCGGGUGGGCGGCGAUUGGACAGCUGCGGCGCGGUGAUGACGAGGCUCGGCAACGGCGAUGGCGCGGUUCACGGUGCAGGCGGAGGUUGAAGAUGAACAGUUACAGAGUUUUGGGAGGAGGGCUUCCAAUCCUUGCGGCUGCGGGGGAAGGCUGCAGCGGCAGUACCAGCGACGGGCGACUCCGGCAGGCGGCGGCGGCCGGUGGUGAGCCGAUAGCAAGGUGGUCAUGGCUCCGACAGGCAACUUCCGGUGGCGGCCCCUCUGUGGGUCCGACGAUGGAGAAAAGGGAACGGUGUGGGAUUUUUGGAGGUGGAAGGAGAAGAGGGAAAGGCUCAACAGUAGUGAUGGUUGGCGGUGGGUUUGAUGCCGAGAGGGAGGGUGGCGGUGAACCAAGGGGCAGUGGUGGUGUUGUGAGGCAGUGGCGAUGGUUGGAAGCAGGGAGGGUGGUCUACUCCCCAUGGGUUGGUGGUCGUAGGUGGCCUGCAGUGGCGAGCGGGGCAGGGCUAGUCGCGGGUGUGACGGGUGGUGGGGAGGAAAUGCCAAAGGGGUUUUCCCCUUUCUUUGGUGAAACUGAGAGAGAGGGUGGGAUUUGGUGGGGGUGAAUGAACAAGGAUGGCGGACCGUGGUGGGGUGAGGCUGCGCAUGGGGCAGCGGUGGAUUCAAGUGGCGGCAGCGGCAGACGUGGAAAACAAAUCGAAGUGGUCCGUCCAGAAACAGGAUUUUGGGGCUUUGGCAACAAAAGCAAAGCCGAGGCUCUGAUACCAAGAUAAUGGCGGACAACUGCAGGGGAAGAGAAGGAAGAGGAAGAAGAAGGGAAGGAGAAAGAAGAAGAGGUUAUAGAGACGCAGAAAGAAGAGAAGAGGAGGAGGAAGAAAAAGAACAAGGAGGCUAGGGUUUUUUUAUUCAAUCAUCAAUCGCCUCAUAUAUGAGAGGGUGCCUCAUAUAUGAGAGGGUUGGUCUUUAUAUAGACCUUACAUCUUGACCAAGUCAAGUAAUCAAUUGACCAAAUCAAUCAAUUGAUACUAAUUAAAUUUGGACCCUUA